ACCGUUUGGAGACGGUCGCGAGGGCUGAGCGGCAGGUGGGCGGGGCCGUCCUCUUUGGCCGUCCUCCCGUUGGUUGCUAAGGGGGACUUGGUUACCUACCUGGGUGAUGUUUUGGGGCCUGGCCUAAGAGGUGGAGGGGGGGAUGCAGCCAGUGGUUGUCCACCAGUGGUUGCCUGCUUGGAACGGACCAGGUUCCCUCUGAGAGGUGGGUGCUAAAGGGCUUUGGGUUCAUGAUCCACCUUCCACUGGAGUGGGGGUCAUUCAGAAGGGGCUCAGUUCCUCUUCCUCCGGAAAAUGUUGUGGGACGCUGUUUGAUCACCCAGGAAUGUGGGGCUGAAGACACCUCUAUUAUUAUUUUUAAAUAGGGCAGUUCAUAUGAAACCUUUUAAGGGGUGGUGUGCAAUUAUUUUAUAUUUUUAGGUUGCUUUCCAUUUUUGCCUCUGGAAUUCGAAGCAUUCUGUGUUUCCCUCUUUUUUAGACUAGAUCACCACCACCACCCCAUCCAUCCAAAUUUUUUCAAGGGGAGGAUUGGAUAGUUGGUUUGGCAUGUUUUACUUCAGGCACUUUUUGAAGAAAUUACAAUUUCCAUUUAAAAAAAAAACCCUUUAAGCCACCCAUCUGAUUUGGUUGGCAUUGAUGUUCUUAGCAGGCUAUGGAACUAUCCAGAAUUGGGAAUGUUAAUGCCGUAGGGGAUCUAACUGAAGAAUGAGGCAAUCCAGCCUUCAUUGCGUGUAGGAUAAUCAGCCCAUCUUAAUAUUGUUAGCUCUUGAUUGCAGCAAUUAUUUACACAGUUUUGUUUCAUGAGGCUGGUGGUGUUUAUUGUUCAUACAUUCAGUUGUCAAAAGACUUUGUGGCAUUAGUAUUCUUCAGAAUCAUGUCAGACUCUACCUCCAAGGAGCCCGAAGCUUCCAAUCCUCAGGCUGUGGUUACAGAUACACCUUCUACAGCUUCUAUUGCUGAAGGCCCAGCAGAUUCCUCUUUUGGUGAGCAAAACCUGAGCUUCACCACCACAGAUCUCAAUCUUGUGGAGAUGACAGAAAUAGAAUACACACAACUUCAGCACAUACUCUAUUCCCAUAUGGAGGCACAAGCAAAUGAGAAUGAAGCAGAAAAUAAGUUAAACUCAAGUUGCUUCUCAACCAACAAUCCUGCAACUCAACCACAAUACCUAUCAUCAUCUAAUAACAGUCAAAGUGGCUUUUCAUCAAACAGUUCUGGAAACCAGUCGCUGUAUCCCAUUAUCUGUCAGUCUGGUUUAGCCUCUGACAGCAGCUUCAUGGGUCCUAAUCAGUGUCUAGGGCAUAUUGAUUUUCAGGAGCUAAGAAUGAUGUUGCUCAGUGAGUCUAGCUUCCCUCCAAACCAAGCUGAAAAAACACCUAAUGGUAGCUCUGUAGAUACGACUGGGCAGAGUUUAGUUAAAGCCAAACAAAGUGAAAACUUGGGUGGGAUAAAUAAAGAAAAUUUGCCGGUGGAAAAUUUAGCACCAGUUCCUGAAUCUAGAGCCAAAUCUGCAGUCCGUGUUCGAUUGGAAGACAGAUUCAACAGUGUCCAGACUGAAAUUCCCAGGUGUCAAGAAAACCAAGAAACUGGAGUAGCCAUUAACAAUUUAGUAACUCUCAUUCGCCAUCCUUCAGAAGUGAUGGGAGUUCCUCUCCACCACCAGCAGAAUAAAUGCACCACAGUAGUAAAAAAUAAGACUGCCGCUACGACGACGACUGCGUUACAGUUUACAUGUCCGCUGUUUAACCCGAAUGUUGCUUCUCCUGUGACUGGAAAUGCAAACCCUUCACAAACACAGAACUCCGGAGCCUCUGUUUUGGAAGCAGCCAAACAUCAAGACCUUGGGUUACCUCGUUUUUCUAUCUGUUACCAACAGGAAAUUGAAGCAACAAAACAGACCGUUGGUCCUAGAAAUAAGGCACUACCGGAACACGUUUGGAUUAAAUUGGGAGGAGAAGCUUUAUGUAAGCAAACAAUAAACAAAAGGAGUCGUAGUCGAAUACAUCCCUUGGACUGCAAUGUCCAGCGUAAACCUCUUGGUGACAUUCAAAAUGUGUGUGAUGCCCAAAGUGCUGGUCCAGCCCAUAGUACUUGGCAAGCAGUGCAGCCGACCCAGAGCACACAAAGUGGAACCCAAGGUGGUGUCUCUCAGCGCCGGGAGAGGCAUAACCGGAUGGAAAGAGACAGAAGGCGCAGAAUCAGGAUUUGUUGUGAUGAACUUAAUCUUCUGGUUCCAUUCUGCACUUCAGAUACUGACAAGGCAACAACUUUACAAUGGACAACAGCAUUUCUAAAAUAUAUUCAGGAGCGGCAUGGGGAUUCUCUGAAAAAGGAAUUUGAGACUGUGUUCUGUGGUAAAACAGGCAGAAGACUAAAAUUAACAAGAUCAGAUUCAACAGGAACAUGUUCAGCACAGGAGAUUACACAGAAUGGCACAUCUAUGGAGAUAAAAUAACUUGCUCUCCUUAUACAAAAGCUGGUGGAAAGUGUGAAAAUACAAGGAUGUCUGUGAACUUCUGUUGCCAAUUUCACCUGUUAGCUCUUGUGACUUAAUGUGGUUUGAAAAAUACAUCAGCGUUAAUUAAAUGACACACUUUAUUCCACACAAAGAAGAAAAGCAUGACUAAACAUUUAUUAAUUAAUGCUGCCCCAAGAAAGGCACUGCACCAGAGGGAAGGAGAAAUAUUACAAACUAGUAAAUGCUACCCCACCUCUUCUACUUUUCGUUUCGUUUUGUUUUCCAAGUAUAAAAUAAUUCAGAUGUGUUAUAGAAUAGCAGCUUGAUCAUUUCAAUCUUGAACAUACUUGUAUUAAUAUAAAUAAUUAUCAGAAUGUCAUAACAACCAGUUUGGAAGAAGUAAUUUAAAUCGUUUACAAAUUAUAUAAGAGAUGGUAACUUGCAUAUAGUAACUCAGAUUUGCCUUCCAUUUCCCAGUGUUCAUCCCUGUGAAACUGAAAAAUAUAGAAAAAGCUGUUGACAGUGUGUUACAAAUACAGUACUAUUUAAAAUAUGUUUUGCACUUUCCAACUAUUUCUAGUAUAGGAUACAGUCAAAGGAUUACUUCCUGCCCAAAGACCCGUUGAAAUGAACAGAAGUACAGCUUACGUGUGCAGAUCCCAUUUAUUUAAGAUGGGCUUUCAUAGGAAAAAUAUCCGGUCAUUUGCAUGCUUGCAGUGCAAAAGUGGUAUUUUGUAAACAGUACAUGAUUUUUAAGUGCACAUAAUAUUUUCUUUUUAAAAAAGACUAGGAUUAAUUAUAUGUGUUAGGAAAGGUGAAGCAUUUUAGAAAAAAAGUAUAUUUAUUGGAUUGAAAGUGGCUUUAUUUAGCUAUCAAAACAGACAAUGCUAGUAGGUAUUUCUUAUACAGAACUCAUCCCAAAAUAAAUACUGUUUAAAUCACGGAUAUUCACACUUGUAUAUUACCUUUAUUUCUAAUCAUCAGGGGCAAAAAAAGUAUUAGCAAAACAAGCCUAUUGUAAAAUAAGUAGAUACAAUGUUACAAAAAGAAACUUUAAUUUUUUUUUACAUUAAUGCAUAUACUAGUUUUGGGUAGUGAUCAUCUGUAAUGUGUCUAUCACAAAAACUGUACAGAGGGUGUAAAAUGUUAUUACUAAGUAUCUUUCAAUAUGGAAAUGUUCAAAAUUAUCUCUUGCAACAUAAAUUCUACCUCAUGUAGAAUUAAUUGAGAAACAUUCAUUUUUUAGUU